UGAUUACGUCAAGCGAGGGAGGGAUGGUCAACUCGACCUCAGUCGAUGCAUCUCGAGAUAUCCAUGGUUGUUUCUCUGGAAACUUCCAUGCAUUCAGGCACAGAACUACAGACGGGGACCGCCUUCUUUUAAGCAGCAAGUCACUUACAGUGAAGUAGAACACUUUGAGGAACUUUCCGGGUCUCAUUUUGAGUCUGCAGUCAUGUCUGUGAACAUUCGCAUCAACAGCCCGAAUGUGGUGUACACAGAUGCACACAUUACGGCCCAGUACUCCUACCAGACCACAUCAGUGUACAGAGAGGGGGACAGCAUCACGGUGACUCCGCGCACCACAGAGAUGACGUUCCGCACCGAGAGGCAUGUACCCCGUCUGGGUGUGAUGCUGGUGGGCUGGGGAGGCAACAACGGGUCUACAGUCACAGCAGCUGUAUUGGCCAACAAGCUGGGGCUUACCUGGAAAACGAAGACUGGACUGAAGAAAGCAAACUACUUCGGCUCCCUCCUGCAGGCAUCCACUGUUAGUGUGGGAUCAGGGCUCGAGGGCGAGGUCAACGUGCCCUUCUGUGACCUCCUACCCAUGGUGCACCCUAAUGAUAUUGUCUUUGACGGCUGGGAUAUCUCCUCAAUGGAUCUUGGCCAUGCAAUGGAGAGAGCUCAGGUGUUAGACUGGUCAUUACAAGAGCAGCUGCGGAUGCACAUGAGCCAUAUGAAACCCAGACCAUCCAUCUAUAUACCAGAAUUCAUUGCUGCAAACCAAGAGAGCCGGGCUGACAAUGUCCUCACUGGGACCAUGGCAGAGCAGAUGGAGCAGAUCAGAGCUGACAUAAGGGACUUCCGUCAGUUGAGUGGUGUGGACAAAGUCAUCGUUCUGUGGACCGCCAAUACUGAACGCUUCUGUGAUAUCAUACCAGGGGUCAAUGACAACGCAGAAAACCUGCUAGCUGCAAUCCAGGCUGGAGCAGAGGUUUCUCCCUCGACUCUGUUUGCAGUGGCCAGUAUACUGGAGGGUUGCGCCUACAUCAACGGUUCCCCUCAGAACACUUUUGUACCAGGAGCCAUAGACCUGGCCAUGCAGAAAGGGGUGUUCAUUGGAGGAGAUGACUUCAAAUCCGGCCAGACCAAAAUCAAGUCAGUGCUGGUGGAUUUUCUGGUCAGCACAGGUAUCAAGCCGACCUCCAUUGUCAGCUACAAUCACCUCGGGAACAAUGACGGGAAGAACCUGUCGGCUCCGCAGCAGUUUCGCUCCAAAGAGAUCUCCAAGAGCAACGUGGUGGAUGACAUGGUCCAGUCAAACCCCAUAUUGUACAAGCCCAAAGAAAAACCUGACCACUGUGUGGUGAUUAAGUAUGUGCCAUAUGUGGGAGACAGCAAGCGCGCCAUGGAUGAAUACACCUCUGAAAUAAUGAUGGGAGGGACCAAUACUAUCGCAUUGCACAACACCUGUGAGGACUCUCUACUAGCCAGCCCAAUCAUCCUGGACCUGGUGAUACUGACAGAGCUUUGCCAGCGUGUAACUGUCCGGCCCCAGGGGGAGGAGGACUUCCAGUCCUUCCACAGCGUCUUAGCACUGCUCUCCUUCCUCUGCAAGGCCCCCCUCGUCCCAUCCGGGACCCCAGUCGUGAACGCCUUCUUCCGCCAGAGGGCCUGCAUAGAAAACAUCAUGAGAGCGUGCCUCGGCCUUCCUCCUCAGAACCACAUGCUGCUGGAGCACAAGCUGCAGAGAAAUUUCCUUCUUCCACAGACACCCUGCAUCAACGGUAAUGUGGCUGCUUUGAAAAAAGUAGCCCUUGUCAAUGGGAACCAUAUACCCCUGACAAAUGGCUUUAUUAAUGAAGCACAUGCAGUGUGACUGUAAAUGCAACGCUGCAGCCCAAGAUAGAGCUCAAAUGUGAUACACUAUAAAUUUGAUACCUUGUUUAAAAAACAAAACAAAACAAAAAAACAACAACAAAAAAAAACAGAGGCCCUCAUUGAUUAAGCUGUGAAACAAACAUUUAAGCAACAUGAGAGAGUCAACUUGAAAUUUGGGGAAGGUGCACUUCAGUUCAUAGGUGUUUAUCAAGUCUUGGCCUGUUGUGGUGCAGCAACAUUUGCAUAUCACACCUGCAGUUAUGUCAGCUAUAACAACUGAGAGUCCUGUACUACAGCAAUCUGAGUUGCCACACAGAAGAACAUUUUUCAAAGCAGACUCUCAGGACAAAAUCCUGUCUUUUUAUUCAGAAUCAACCACAUAUUGAUUAUGUUAAAAAUGCAGUUUUUAGUUCUAUUCUUGUUGCGUGUAUUUUUAGUAUUUUCCCAUGUGUUAUGCAAACAAAGCACAGAUUUACAGUCCAGAGUUCUUAGAAAUAGCUCCAUGUGUGUAACCAAACAAAUGAAAUUGAUUGAUUGAUAAAUGCUGUGUUUGUUGUUUCAAUGUACUCUGCUCUAGACUUUUAUUAUUAAAUGAGGGGCUUCUUCUUAAAGCACUGUAUUUUGUAAGGUGUGUCACUACCUUUUUGUAGCCAUCCAUGUGAUUUUAUGUGAAGCUAUGUGACAAAAAAUAUGGAUGUUGUUAUUAAAGAGUGACAUGGGCUAUUUAUAUACAAUAAAAGUCUAAAUAUUGUUUGAACUUAA